AUGUUGCUGGGGGAGCUGUCCAAGGACUUCCUGACUCGCCCCCUAACACGGAAUGAAGUACUUGUUGUUCUUCUUCGUGUGGCCAUCUUCGGAGCUACCACCUACUUCAGUAUAAAGUGGGUAUCAGAUGCCCUAGACCCUGCCCAGAAGCAAAGAAUACAGUUGAAGAAAAAAGCAGAACACCUGAUGAAGCAGAUUGGAAUAGAAAGGGUGAAGCUGACGGAGCAUGAGAUGAACAUUGUUGCUCAUUUGGUGGUUCCCAGGGACAUAAAGGUCACUUGGAAUGAUGUUGCAGGCCUAGAUGAGCUGGUCAGUGAACUUCGAGACACUGUAAUCCUACCAUUACAACAGACACACUUGUUUGAGCACUCCAGGCUCUGCCAGCCUCCAAAAGGUGUCUUACUUUAUGGGCCUCCAGGAUGCGGUAAGACCCUUCUUGCCAAAGCAAUGGCCCAGGCAUCCAACUGCAGGUUCAUCAAUCUUCAAGCAUCUACCUUGGUGGACAAAUGGUAUGGAGAGUCGCAGAAACUCACAGCUGCUGUUUUUUCUCUAGCAACCAAAAUCCAACCCUGCAUAAUUUUCAUUGAUGAAAUAGAUGCCUUCCUGAGGAACCGCUCCAGAACUGACCAUGAAGCCACGGCUAUGAUGAAAGCAGAAUUCAUGAGUCUUUGGGAUGGGCUGCAAACGGAGUCUGAUUGCCAGGUAAUGGUGCUAGGAGCCACCAACAGGCCCCAACAUGUGGACCCAGCCAUCCUGAGGAGGAUGCCAACAACUUUUCAGAUUGCUCUACCUACCCAAAGGCAAAGGCAAGAUAUCCUGAAGCUAAUUCUUGCUGGAGAAAAUAUGAGCAACGCUGUGAGCCUGAAGGAGCUGGCGGAGAAAACUCAUGGUUACUCAGGCAGUGACCUGUGGGAAUUGUGCCGGGACGCAGCCACGUAUCGCGUGCGCGAUUAUGUCCGGAAACAACAAAUGAAACAGAUUGCCCAGAUGCUGCACCUCAGAGACCGUGAUGGAGAGGCUGACUUGGAAGAGAAUUCCUUGAGGCCACUUACUCAGCUUGACCUGCUGUUUGCCCUGGAAAAGAUGAGAGAAUCCAAAGGAGUCACAUCCGGAGCACUGACGGAGCCAGCUUUGGACUGA